AUGAGACAAACCGUCGGAGCCGUGGGCCUUUUGGCUCUUGCUCACAUCGUCGCGGGCACGCAUUGCGAUAGCUCUAGCCCUUGCCAGGCCAGUGCCGAUGCUGUUGCCACCUGUGCAACAUCGUGUAUCCAGUCUGCCGCUGUCACUCAGGCAGCCUGUGCUACGGGAGACUACAAGUGCCAAUGCGACCAGCAAGGCGUUAUUCAAGGCGCAGCUGCAAACUGUAUCAUAGGCGCGUGUGGAUUCGGUGGAGCUGUCGCAGUUCUCGAUCAAGUUGGAGCUUUAUGUUCGUGCGUUACAGCCAACCCGACAAGUGCUUGCUCAUCAACGAGCACAUCAUCCUCGACAAGUCCUCCUUACCAGCCUCCCACAACUACUGAGCCUCCUACAACAUCGUCGACAAGCACUCCUUACCAGCCUCCUACUGAGCCUCCCACAACGACAGCUCCUCCAACGACAGAACCCCCGACGACUACAACUCCUCCCAACACCACUGGAGGCUGCGAUUCCGUCUCUCCCUGCCAGGCCAGUGCUGAUGCUGUCUACGACUGUGCCAAGCCGUGUAUUGAGUCUGCUGCUGUCACUCAGGCUAGCUGUGCCGUCUCUGACUAUGAAUGCCAAUGCGGCAAGACCGAUGUUAUCCAGGGUGCUGCUGUCAACUGUGUCCUAGGAAACUGUGGUAACACUGCCCUUGACGUCCUUAACCAAGUCUCUAGCCUCUGUGGUUGCGUCACAGCGCAUCCAACGGUUCCUUGCACCUCGGCUCCAGCUACAACGACUGGACCUCCUGCCACUACGACUCAACCUCCUGCUACGACUGAGUCUACUUCGGAUUGCUCAGAGUCAGACACCACAGAGCCUCCCUCAUCAACGACUGGCCCCAUCACCUCAGCACCCGGCACUACUACAACUGCUGCCCCCGGCUGUGACUCUACUUCUCCCUGCCAGGCUAGCGCUGAUGCCGUGUAUGAUUGUGCCAAACCAUGCAUUGAGUCUGCCGCUGUCACUCAAGCCAGUUGCGCCGUCUCUGACUAUGAAUGUCAAUGUGGCAAGACCGAUGUCAUUCAAGGUGCUGCUGUCAACUGUGUUCUAGGAAACUGCGGUAACACUGCCCUUGACGUUCUUAACCAAGUCUCCAGCCUCUGUGGUUGCGUCACAGCUCACCCAACUACGCCUUGCACCUCAGCCCCAGCAACCACAACUGCAGAGACUACUACACCUCCCAAUUCAUCAGAGACUCCCUGCACUACUUCCAGCAGCGUGAUUACUUCAGCUCCCCCUGGAUCAUCUUCCGGCCCUGGUGGUCCCGGUACGACUUGCAAGCCCGGAACCACAUCUGACUGUGGUCCUGUUGCCAGCAGCGCCGUCCCGUCCUGUGCUCAGGCUUGCUUCAGCAGUGCCGCUCCCAAGAUUCCUUGUGAUGUUCAUGACUAUGCUUGCCAGUGCCAGCCUGCAGCUCAGUCUAGCUUGACUCAGCUGCUUGUCCCUUGCGUUGCUACAGCUUGUCCUGCUGCUUCGCUCCAGGCUGUCAUUGCCGGUGCCUCUCAGGUUUGUGCCUGUGCCACCGCGCCCCCUAGCCCUGGCGACUGUGGAACUUCACCACCGGCCACCACCACCACAGGUCCCGGAGGUUCUCAAUCCUCAUCACAGCCCGGAGGUGGCAACUCUUACCCGCCGCCACCAGUCACAACUACCGGCCCUGGAACCUCAGCCACUGGCUCCAACUGCCAGCCUGUGCCUGUCAAGACCUGUGACGCUGUGGCCAGCUCAGCAGUUCCUUCAUGCGCUCAGGCGUGCUUCACAUCUGCUGCACCCAAGAUUCCUUGUGAUGUCCAUGACUAUGACUGCCAGUGCAAGCCUGAGGCUCAGGCUAGCCUGACUCAGCUGCUCGUUCCCUGCGUGGCAACGGCUUGCCCUCCUGCUUCUCUGCAAGCCGUUAUUACUGGAGCCAGCUCAGUUUGCGCUUGUGCUAGUGCUUCACCUACACUUGUUGCCCCUGGAACUUGUCAAAGUUCUGGUCCCCCCGGCGGCGGCAGCUCUGGCGGCUCCGGCCCUAGCAACAGCGGUGGUAACGGUGGUGGCAGCUCUCCUACCACGACUCCUGGUGGUGGCGGUGGUGCUUCUCCUACCUGCAACACUGAAGCUCCCGACUGCGGUGCUGUUGCUACCUCGGCUGUUCCAUCUUGCGCUCAAGCCUGCUUCACCAGCGCUGCUCCUAAGAUCUCUUGCGGCGUGGACGACUACGCAUGCCAGUGCCAGCCCGCAGCUCAGGCCAGUCUGUCCCAGAUCCUGGUUCCUUGCGUUGCGACAGCCUGUCCCGCAGCCUCUCUGGAAGCCGUCAUCACCGGAGCUUCUUCCGUGUGUGCUUGCGCUACCGGCUCGACUGGUUCUUCCAACUGCGGUGGCAGUGGUGGCAGUGGUGGCAGUGGAGGCUCCGGCGGCUCCGGCUCUCCUACUGGAGGCAGCGGAGGUGGUGAAGGAGGAAGCGGAGGCAGUGAGCCUACUGGCGGAUCCGGAGGAUCAGGAGGUUCUGGAGGAUCCGGAGGAGAGGGUGGAAGCGGCGGAAACGGAGGAGGUAAUGGAGGCGGCAACGGAGGCGGAAGUCAGCCUACUGCUCCCCCGACCAUUCCUCCCAGUGCAGGUUCUCGAUUGGAGAUGAGCCUUGUUGCUGGUGUUUUCGCUCUCACCUGGGCGAUUGCCGUUGUGCUGUGA